UUUGAAGUCUUAUUUGAAGUCUUAUUUGAAGUCUUAUUUGAAGUAAGUGUGUGGAGUCUACUUGAAUGUUUCAGGCAAGUUCAUACAAGUUUAGAAAAUAUGUUCGUAAGAGAGGAAGGUGAAGCAAAUAGUAAUCAUUAACAGACUGUUGACGUAAUUGCAAAUUCAAGAAAAACAGCUUUAACUUAUGCGAAACUGUUGCAGCAUAAUUCAGCUAUAUUAAAAUUUAUUGAGGUUCAUCAACCAAUAAGCCUAAAAAAAAAAAAAAAAACUUAAACAUCCCUAUAACCUAUCAAAAAUUAACCUGAAAGAUGAAUUAUUUCCCUAAGUGAUAUAUUCCACUUAUGCAAAGGAGCGAGAACACUUCUGUGCAUUUCACAGGAUUGGGAUUUGUUUAGGAUCAAUAUGAAAAUGAAGACUGAAUUAAAGAUUUUAAAGAAAUUCAAGGGGAACUGGUAAUCAAGGAUUCAUGAAUAGUAAGUAAGUAAAAAGAAACACAAAAAACAAAUCAAAGAACAAAGCUAGUAAUGCUAAUUCUACUCUACAAACUUCUAAAUGGGGGUAUUUUAUCAAAAGUUUUUAUCUCCAAAGUCUAAGGAACCUGCGACUUUAUUUUGAGUCUAAUCUUUAUUUAUUCUAAGUGGGAGAAAAAAGGGAGGAUGAUUUUAGAGUCUUGGAAUCGCCUGGAUUCAUCACUUUUGAGCACCAGAACUACUUCUAAAGAAAGAACUGCAGGGCCAGCUGUUGUUUCAGCCAGAGGGUCAUUCAGACAGACAGGCUGUUACGUCUGGUCCAGGUCUUUUGGAUGUCUUGGUGGUUCCUCACUUUAGACUGAAACCGGGUUGGACACGAAAGAAAAUAUUCCUAAAGGAAGUUGCUCAGUGAUGCUGAACAUACAUCCAAGAAGGAUGGAAAAUGUGGUAUCUUGCACAGCUUCAGUAUAAUGCAAAAAAGUCUAAAUAAGAAUGAUCACAACAUAACCUUAAGGAUCAAGCCUCCUCAGACCUGGUCAGGCAGGACUUCUUGGGUCCAGAGGUCCAUUUUUACAGAGUAAUACUGGACUCAGCUCCUCUACCAGCAGCAAUACUUCUGGGAGAGGAGUUAUAACAAGGAACUUAACAACCAAUCAGAUCUGUACUUGGGGUAAAGCGACAGUGUCAUGUUUAGAGUUUUGUUGGACCCAGAUGCAGGCAGACUAGAGACUAAAAUAGCUCAAAAAUAAAUAGAAUACAUUAGAUAAAAAGGUAUUUAAGAUUAAAUGUGUAAAAAUGCAAUGUACACUCCUGAUCAAACUCCUAAGGCUGCGAAAAAAUAUCUUCUUUUCACAAUUUAGAACCUUGUUAUGAUCAUGCUUUAAAAUGCAAAGAAAAAAAAAAAGAAACAGGAGCAGGAGCAGAAGACAAACAAAGAAAGUAGACAAAUAGUUGAAAUCGUUCCCCCCGUUCAUCCUUCCCCACAGGUAAAGACUCUGGAUGUCAUACUUGAUACUACUCUCUCAUUUCAGUCUCAUAUAAAUUAUAUCACCCGGUCUGCACACUUUCAAUUACGUAACACUACCCGACUUCGUCCCUUCCUUACUCCCCAUGCUGCUGCCAUCCUUGUCCAUAGCCUUAUCACUUCCAGGAUCGACUAUUGCAAAUCUCUUCUUUUUGGUCUCCCCAAUAAGUCCCUCCAUAAACUCCAUAGCUUGGGUCAUAACUUGUACUCCAUCAAGAGAACACAUUACCCCAGUUCUACAACAGCUUCAUUAGGUGCCCAAACAAGCUAGGAUAAACUAGGAAGUUUUUUGUUUUUUGUUUUUUUAACAAAGAGGCUUAUGUAUCUAAAACAUUUGAGUUUGAAUGCAGUUUUUAUUAAUUUGCCUACUGUAUUAGUUUUAACUCUUGCUCCGGCUCCCCCCAUUGCAUUUUUAAGGGUUAUACAAACUAACUAGGUGUGAUCAGCCAGCACAAAAUGUAUAUAUUAAUGUAUAAUAUUAAUUUCUUCGCCCGUUUUAAGAUUUUGAUCCAGACUGCAUUUAAGAUCCGUAACAGACAGCAAAUAAGAAAAUAUAUUCUUUUAGGAGAGAAAAAAAAUAUUCUAAUAUUCAUUUUGGCAUGUACUAAAUUCUUUUUAAUUCUAAAUUAAAUUAAUCUUGUUUAACAUUGUCAGUGCUGGGCUGCGUGUUUCAGUUAGAAAACUUUACAAAUGUGAAACUGGUUUUUUUUCUAUAAAUCUGGUCUGAGCUAAACCCAAGAUUGUUUUUCUGUAAAACUAUCUGACUACACAAACAACUGUAUGUUUUCAUGUGUUUUGCUGAACACACUGGGUAUUAAUUCACAGUGCAAGGCCAAAAACGUUUCCAAAAACGUCAGACUACAAAGAGAGGACGGGAAUGUGAGUAUUAGAGUGGAGGAGCUCAUAAAAACGUCUGGCAACUGGCAACGACUGCCAUUCUCCAGAAACAUUUAUUGCCUUGACUACUAAAACUUAAAUGAAAGGUUGUAGAGAAAAUGUCAAAAAUACAAUAUUUGUUAAACAAGCCAGACAUUGAGGUAUGUCAGUAGGUUGUAAUGUUUUAUUAAACUCGGAUUUAAAAAAAAAAAAAAACAUCUUUAGCCAAAAUAAAAUCCUAAAUGGAAAUGAAAUAUGUCUGCAUACGAACGCCCAUAAUGAAUCCCAUUGUGAAUAGAUUGUCUCUUUCGCUGCGUUUGGGGGAUAGAUGCUCCGCAACACACCGAGACAACUAAAACUGCAUCAACAAAAGCACCCAACAGCAACAGCAUUUCAGACCAACCUGUCAAGGAACAUCAGAAUGGACCCAGUCAGGAUCCUUUAACAGGACCUGAUCGAAGCUGUUCUACCAGGACGAAUCAGAAAUACAGGCGAAGAUGGAAGAAAUGAUCUUGUUUUUCACCCCACAGUCAUCAUGACAACUGAUAACAUCUAUGCAUACGCUUUGUCCAAGGCACUGACAAAGGUUUCAUCACCGACGACAGUGGGUCUCUACUCUUCUUGUCAGGACCGACUAGAUGUGAUUCUCGGUCAAAUGGAAGUGUACACAAAUCGGGAGUCUUUAAGGAUUGAGCAGAAAUGCCACAAAAGACAAAAACCUCGUGCUACCAAGCAUUCAUUCACAGGCCUCCUGGCUCUCAUUGGGAGGCUGCUCUUCUACACACCAGUCUGGACUACGGAGAACCAGAAUCACCAUAACGUCAGGUUCAUUUAUGUGAAUUUCAGUGCUUGGCAUUUUGCCGGCAGUGACCUGCUGUGGGCUGGAAUAGCCAUACGGCUGUUUCAUGCCAUGCGGAUGAAUUUUGGGAAACUGCACCUUGCUCUCUACCAUAUUGCUCAAUAUGACGAAAACGACGAAAUAAAGGAAAAGGUGGUGAAAGAUGGCCCCAAUAACUGGAUUACCAAGAAGGUUUGCUGCUGCCCUCUGUGGCUUUUCAUCCUGACCAUCCUUGUUGUCCCAGUGCUCCUCCUAAUUGUCCUCAUUGUUUGGGAUCUUCCUAAAGCUGAAGUAAAACCAGAGGAGCAAGAGACUGAAGCGAUUAGUGGGGUGGGUGUCUUGGAGGGCUUCUUCAUUGCUUCAUUAGGAGUCCCAGGAGUGAGUGUACUGAGGUUUGCCUUUCAGAUGGCCAAGAACCUCAUCUUCACUCAGGAUUUGAACAUUAAGAGGGGAAUGGACAACGAUCGGAUCAGCAGCCAACUGGGAUUCAUGAACGAAGUCAGGAAGGAAAUUUGGUUUCUGACUCAAUUCAUCAAGUUUAUGGAGGUAUUUGAAAGAAGGAGGAUUCGCAUCAUGUUGAAAAUCACAAAUCUAGACCGUUGCUCCCCCAAGAAAAUCGUCGCAGUCCUGGAAGCUAUGAAUAUUUUACUUUCAGAUCAGGAAAGCCCAGUUCUUUCCAUCCUGGCUGUAAAUCCAAAUGUUCUGUUAGAAAAAGUGAAAUUUGCUGAAAGCUGCUUCUGUAAAGAGGACAGAGCUCACGCACUGUUGAACCGCAUAGUCACUCUGGCCUUCACCGUCCCACCAAUGUGCAAAAAUCUAAAGCGCAGCUUAUUUCACAGUCUUAUCAACAGUUCAGGAGUCUGUGAAGAUUCCCUCUUGAGGAGGGAUACACGCAGGAGAAAGACAUCUUCAAUAGAUCUGUCUGUGGUGGAGAUCGAGCAAUCAAAGGAGUCAAAUCCACUGAUCAACAUGAAUACAGAGACCUUAGAUGUGAAGGAAGAUGAGUUGGAGAAAAUGAUUCAGAGAAUCCUGAGCAACGGUGAAAAAAAGCUAAACAAGUACAUGUUAGAUGACGCCAUCUCAAUGAAGAGGAUGAUCAACUCUGUCUGGGUAACUUUGAUAAUCAUGAAGUUCUUGAAGACAGAGUUUCCUGAUCCAGAGCACACUGCAGCAUGGGUGGUCCUAGCCAACCAGUGGCCCUGCCGAUUCAGCUGGAUCCUCCAGUGUGUGGAGGAUGAAAAGCAGAGAGCAGCUAUUGAUCAACGGAACAUGAGCGCUGACAAUUCAAAGACCCUAUGGGAGGUCUUCAGCGAGUCCAGGGAGGAGCUAUAUUUGAUGCGGGCACAAAUCGAGGACCUCCUUGAGCAGGACGUAGAUCCUGAAGUGUUCGAAGCAUUGCUCAAAGAUGAUGAGUUUGAGUUCACCUUAAAGAACCUGGAGAUCUUUCAAGUGACAAUGGUGAAUCUGGAUCAGUCAAUCAGGAGGGAGUUGGCUCUUAUCAGAGGGACAUCCCGUCUGGAAGAUUCUGGUUGGAUGAGGAACAUAGCUCCACUUCCAAUCACAAUUCUUAUGAAAAUGACCACAGAUGAUAUAUGUAAAGAGAUGAAAAGGAUGAAGUUAGAGGGAAAGUACAUUGAAACUGUGAAAGAAAAUAAUCUCAAUGGCUCUGCUCUGGUGUUUGGUGAUGUAGACGAUCUUAAAACCCUACUGGGAAUGACAUUUGGUGAAUGGGCAACUUUCAAACUGCACUUCUUGAGUUUCGUCUCACCUCACCGGCCACGGUACGAGAACAUGCCGCCGUUUUCGUCUAGGAACCCGCUGUCAAAGUUCUUCCAUCACACCCCCCAUAAUUACUCAUCCACUCCCAGUCUGUGUUAAGAGCUGCAGCUUGUCACAUACCUCUGCCUUAACUAAAUAUACUGAGUGCAUUAAAUAAUACUGAGGUCCAAAGUUG